UCGACAUCAUCUGGUGUUGUUGGCUUUCUAGCAUAUGCUAGCUUGUGUUUUAACGUUUACACUAGUUAACGUAAGUAACCAUUAUCCUCUUAAUUAAACUAGCUUGCUAAACAGCCGCCUCGCUAAGAAAAUACUGUCCUUUACUAUUUGCGAAAACGACCAAGAAGGAGUAAGGUUUAAGCUAGCUCCAGGCAUAAUGGCAAGUCAGCGACCUGCCUCUGGCAUUGGCAGGCCUUUGAGCCGCAGUGGGACUGCAGUCCCUGGGGCUGGAAGACUCCCAACAGCCGCCCGACCUCCUCCUACAGCUAUCCGUGUCACAACUGGGAUGGUUCCAGGUACAAGUGGUCAUCCUGGCAUGAGGGGCGGCAUCCCCCUCGCCACCCCUGGAGUCCUGUCGGCACAGAUCAAAGUGACCGACAGGCCUGUGACCCAACAGGGCCUCAGUGGUAUGAAGACUGGCAUGAAAGGACCUCAGAGACAGAUUCUGGAUAAGUCCUACUACUUGGGCCUUCUUAGGAGUAAGAUCAACGAGUUAACCACAGAGACCAGCAAACUGCACAAAGAGAUCGACAACUACAACCAGGAGAAUUCAGUUUAUCUCUCCUACGAAAAGAAAGCUGAAGGCCUGGCUGGGGAGAUUAAGGAUCUACAGGGCCAGCUUGCUGACUACAACAUGCUGGUCGACAAGCUCAACACAAACACAGAGAUGGAGGAAAUGAUCAACGACUACAACAUUUUGAAAGCCCACAAUGACAGUGAGGCUGAAAGCAUCGACAGCAUCUUCACUGAGAGGAGAGAAAGAGAGGAGGCCAUCAGGGCGAUAGAAGAGGAGAUCAGGGGGGAGAGGAGGGUCGCCGAGGAGGUCGUCCAGGCGAUGCCAGCCGGCAAACAGGAGCGGUACUUCACCAUGACAACAGCCAAUGAGGAACUGCUACAGGAGCUGACUGUUCUCCAGGAGGAGCUGGACCUUCUGAUAACCAGGAAGGAGGACUACGACGCUGAGCUGUCCCACUCGCACAUAAAGCAGGAAGUGGUUCGGCUCCACGAGACUCUGUUGGCUCUGCAGGGGAAGCGUGAGGCCAUGGAGGCGGAGCACAAGAGCUCCCCCCAGGACGAGAGAGAGACACUGCUGAAACAGGUGAAGGAGGACAACCAGGAAAUCGCCAGCAUGGACAGACAGCUUACAGAGAUCAGGGAGAGGAUGGAACAGAUCACAGAGCAGAUCCGACAGCUGGAGCAGGACUCAGAGGAGGCGCAGGGUAACACCGUGUGGCAGUCUACACUUUUCAUCUCUCUAUCGAAAUGUCGUACACUGCCUCAAAAGUUUCACGUCUUAUUAAAGAAACGAUGUUAUACACUAUAAACAAUGUUAGAGACA